CGCAGAGAGAAUAAUAAAAUGCUAUUGUUUAUUUGACUUGUUGAGUGCAUGUGCAUGUCGGUGGCUUUGCUGAAUGCUGAAUUAAAAGACAAUGAUUUUAUGGCUCGAAUGUCGGGUCGUUAACGUAUAAUGUGCAUAAACAGCGUACACAUGGAAAUGGAUACAUACAGAUACAUAUAAAACGAAUGGUGAUGCGUGAUUCUCGAGAGUGAAAAUUAUUAACUGCGCAAACGCAAACGCGUUUUUCAAGCCACCAAAACAUACGAAAUACAUCCCCCUCAAUGUCGUCGCUGACGUCGUCGCUUCUGCUUUUUUCGCUGCUGACGUCGUCGAGCCUGGAAGCAAUUCCGGUUUUACAGCCAUCAUUCCCUCCUUCGUCGCCAUCGCCCUCGCCAGGCGUGCGAAUUCUUCGCGCACCCGAAUCAAUUGUGGCGCCCCUUGGAGAUGAGGUGGUGUUCGAGUGCGAGACCAGUUUGCAGCCAGAGGGAUUCGAGUGGAGCUAUCGCCGCUGGCCGAAUGCCGCAAAUUCCAAUGGAUCCAUGGGAGCCAGCCGAUUUAAAUACCUGAAAUCGGGCAAUGCCAAGCUGAAUGUAACCCAAGAGUCCGCCAUUUCCCGUCUGCGUGUCCUUGUGCGGCCAGACACUGUCGGCGAGUAUCGGUGCAUUGGUUGGUUUGGUCCUCUGGUGGUAACCUCCACCACGGCCAGGCUAGAGUUGGCCAGCACCAGCCUCAAGGGUCGGCAGGAGACCCACCAGCAGUGGCGUGUGGCCCCGGGAAACUCUGUCUUGUGGCCAUGUGGUCAGCAAGUGCACUCCAAUCCCUCAGCCAGCUGGUCCUAUUAUCGAAAUGGAGUGGAAAUCAAGCCAGAAUUGGCUGCCACCAAUGGAAAUUUGUUUCUGACAAAUGUCUCGACCGCCUCCGCGGGAAAGUACACCUGCCAGGCCACCAAUCCGGCAUCUGGAGCUCGUAUAGAGAUUCCCAGCUCCAUGGAACUGGAGGUAUGGCCCGGGCGAGGAUCUCAGAAUAAGGCACCCCAUUUGCUGACUGGUCAGCCAUCAUCCCAGGCCGUAACCAUACGGGAAGGAAGUACCCUGCUGCUGCUAUGUCCCGGUGUGGGCUCGCCGCCGCCCACUGCCGUGUGGAGCAGUCCGGAUGUGGUCGAGGCGAUACACAACAAACGCACCAGCGUGCUCAACCAUGGCCUCGAGAUAUCCAAUGUCCAAGCGCACGACACUGGCACCUACAUUUGCUACCUGGACAAUGGCGUGCGCCCAACGCUCGAGCAUUUUAUCAAUGUCACCGUGGAGGUGCCGCCUCGCAUAACGCGUCCCCCGUGGGCCGAACUUACCAACGAGGGGGACCGCAUGCAGCUGGAGUGCGAGGCCAGUGGAGUGCCAGCACCAGAGAUCUACUGGCUGCUGAAUGGAGAGAGCAGCAUCCACGACAGCGAGGCUGAGCAGCUGGCCAAUGGGUACCUGGUGCUGCAGAGCGUCCAGAAGCGUCACGCCGGCUAUGUGCAGUGCAUAGCCCGCAACAGGCUGGGCGAACAGAGUGCCGGUACGCUGCUGCAGGUGACUCCCAAGCCCCGGGAGACUGGCGGUAGUGUGGGCUCGGGCUCGGACUCCCAUCGUUCAGCGAAGCCCAUCAACCAUGGCCAAAAGCCGACCAAGAUGAUCCCACCCUCGCCGCCAAAUGUCACCCGACUGUCCGAUGAAUCGGUGAUGCUGCGCUGGCACGUGCCGCGCAACGAUGGCCUGCUCAUCCACUUCUUCAAGGUGCAGUACCGAAUGAUCAGCGAGGGCAAGCGCAAAAACUGGCAGACGACCAACGAUAAUAUACCCUAUGGCAAGCCCAAAUGGAACUCGGAGCUGGGCAAGAGCUUCACCGCAUCGGUGACUGAUUUGAAGCCACAGCGCACCUAUCGCUUCCGCAUCCUGGCCGUCUACUCGAACAACGACAAUAAGGAGAGCAACACCUCGGCCAAGUUCUAUCUGCAACCAGGGGCCGCCCUCGAACCGAUGCCGGUGCCAGAGCUGCUGGAGAUCGAGGAGUAUUCGGAGACGGCUGUGGUGCUGCACUGGCGGCUGGACAGCGAUGCCGAUGAGCAUCUAAUCACGGGCUACUAUGCCUACUAUCGUCCCUCGUCGUCGGCCGGGGAAUAUUACAAGGCCACCAUCGAGGGAGCGCAUGCGAGGAGCUUCCAAAUCGCCACCUUGGAUGCCGCCACCAUCUACGAGUUCAAGCUGCAGUCCUUUAGUGCCGUCUCCGCCUCCGACUUCAGCGCCCUCAAGCAGGGACGCACCCGGAAACUGAAGGCCAGCACCACGGAGGAGCCAACAAUUCAGGGAGUCGGUGAUCGGGACACAACCACGCCCAGCCACAACGAAACAUUCAGCAUGAGUCCCAUGCUCACGGGCACGAUCGGUGGCGGUGCCUUGCUGCUCAUUCUGCUGGUUAGCGCCUUCCUGUGCCUGUGUCGACGCCGCAGCCCCCGUGGACGGGGACAAGCGCAGAACAAACCGCGCAUGGCCGAGCUGCGGGAGGAUUUUGUGCCGCUGGGCAGCUGCUCACCGAACAAACAGCGCCAGCGCACGCGGCACAUUCACAUUACCCUGAAUCCCCUGGCGCAGCAGCAGCAACAGCAGCUGGACGAGAAGAACCCACCUGGCCUUGACACUGACAACGAUAUGACGUACUUUCAGCGACAACCCAGCUACGAUUAUGACCCGGGACUCCGGCGAAUGUCCUCCUCCUCUCUACGUCGCUCUCAACGCACGCUGGAACGUGCUGGCGGUGGAAAUUCCGGCGGCAACAACAAUAAUCUCAACCAGGCGUCCGAAGUUGGAACCACGGCGGAUGGUCCCAGCAAGCCGGGACGAGUCAUCCUGAAGCGACCGCGCCUCUCCAGCCGCUCGGAGAACCUCUCCUCCGGCAGCCUGAACAGCGUGGGCGUAUAAUCUCGUGAUCUUUUUAGUCUGUACAUCCCUAUAGCCGAUGUAUCUAGCUAUUCCUCUACCUCUGUUUUAUCUCUGACUUCAAAAUGACAAAAACCUUUACAGUUUGUACUUAUACGCAUACGACAUAGUCUUAAGGUACUUAAUUAGAUUUUUAUUAGAUUUAUGCAUGCAUGAUCGUUUAAGAACAUUGCAUAUUGAAUGUCCACCGCUUCGUAAGUCUUCCAAAUUUUGAUAUACGAUCAAAUUCUGUACUGAUAGCUUCUUAAUGAUAAUAAACGACAACUUCUUUUAAA